GUGACAAUAGGAGUCGACUUUCGAUCGCUGCCAAAAGGACAAGGUUGUCACACGCUGGCCCAGCUCGUGACAGCUUGUCAAGUAGUUCUGGCAGGCCGUUACGCCCGAAAACAGAUCCGGGGGAAGUUACGUUCGCGGAUUCGCGAAAUUAAAUAUCGUGGCCCGACGAGAGAAGGGAGAAGCUGACAGUCCGGGGAGAAGAAAAACCGUCUGACAUGAUCGUGCCGGACUGUUGUUCUACCAACGAAUGACUCGUCGCGAACGGGAGGAGUAUGGAGACGUGCAACGAAGGGGGUGAUCGGACCCCGUCUGUCACCACGAACACGAGAAAAACUUGGUCCGAGCUACGAACGUUCGUCAGUGAUCUACGCAGAAAAUUGUCCGGGGCAUCGGACGGCUCUGUGCCUGGAUCUAUAACGUUUCGUUCGUUACCCGAUGGACGGACCAGGAUAUAUUUCCUUAGCAGUCCAAGUAACGGGUGGGAAACUACUCUAAUGUACGUGGAUAUACCAGACUCAGAUUAUGCUAAUGGUUAUCGUCUGUACUGGCAACCUGUUAUAGAGGAGAAUUUCCAAACGGUAUCCAGUACCAAGAGACUAUCGAAAGAGGAACAGUUGUUGUGGGAAAGAAAGAGAUUGGCAACAUGGGGUAUCACUAGUUAUGAAAUUCAUCCAGAUAGUGGGAAAUUAGUGUUUCCAGCUGCAAGCAGCCUUUACCAAUGUAUAGAUAGAGGAGUUACGGCAGGACCACUGUUUCCAUCUGAAAUUCGUGUGUCUACUUCCGGUGCAAAGUUGUGUCCACAAAUCUGUCCAUGGAACAAUGCACUGAUUGCUCAUACCUGCUCGGGAGAUCUGUAUCUGUCUCAUAGUAUCACAGGUUCUUCCAUAAGAUUAACUCAUGCUAGGAAAGGUGGAAAAAAUUUAACGGACGACCCUCUCACAGCAGGAACUCCUUCUUAUGUAAUGCAAGAAGAAUUUACUAGGUACAUCGGUUAUUGGUGGCAGCCAAAAUCCAACGACGGCGUUUAUAGAAUAGUAUACGAGGAAGUUGACGAAAGCGACGUAAAGAUAUUUUGUUUUCCGUCGACGUCGAAUACCGGAGAAAUAGACGAGUUCAGGUUUCCGAGAGCCGGUACAUCCAAUGCGAAAAGUAAUCUGAAAAUGGUACAAUUCCGACUAGCAAAAACGUUGCAUAUAGUCGACAUUUUGAUCCUGGAGCUCCAAUAUCCAUUGCAUAUUAUGUUCCCCUGGAUGGAAUACAUGGUAAGAGUAGGAUGGACUCCCGACGCGCAAUACGUCUGGGUCCAGUUGUUGGACAGAAAGCAGCAAAGGCUAGAGUUGGUUUUAUUAUCGAUAGAUAAUUUUUGCGAGCCACCCCCAAAUGUAUACAAUUCUGAGAAUCAUUUUACACCGUCAUCGGCGAGCGUUCAGGUGAUAUAUUCCGAACAAAGUUCGAUUUGGAUCAUUGUUAAUGAUCUUCUUUAUUUUUUACCCUCCGACGAUCCAACGCAAGUAAAAUUUAUUUGGGGUAGCGAGGAAUCUAAUUUUCGACAUCUGUAUCUCAUAACAACCAGCAUCGCAGGUAUAAGCAGUGAAAAUGGAAAAUUGGAUGGUACCUUGCAACCUCGAGUUAUUUCUAAGCUUGCUUUAACCCAAGGAGAUUGGGAAGUGUUAGGAAAAAAAUUGUGGGUGGAUGAAACGAAUUCCAUUGUAUAUUUUUGUGGCUUACGAGAAGGUCCUCUGGAACAACAUGUUUAUGCUGUGUCCUUGCACAGACCAUUGGAGAUAAGACUGCUUACGAGACCAGGUUACAGUUACAACAGUAUAUAUUUUAAUAAGGAAUGCACGAUGCUAGUGGCCGUUUAUAGCUCCAUCAAGACGCUACCUACUUGUCAGGUAUUUAAAAUAUCGCGAACGGACUGGACGGUGGAAAGUAUCUAUUUGAUUCCAGUUGGAUAUCUGUUGGAACCGUCGUCUCCUGAAACCGAAAUAUUUGCCCCGGAGAUUUAUACGCAUAAAAUAUCGUCCGGGGAUACAAUUUAUUCUAUGAUUUUUAAACCCCAUAAUUUUCAACCAGGCGUAAAAUAUCCUACAAUACUUAAUGUUUACGGUGGUCCCGAAGUACAGUUAGUGUCGAACACAUUUAAAGGGAUGAGGCACUUGAGGAUGCAUAUGUUAGCUGCUCAAGGUUAUUGUGUAGUAUUAAUCGAUUCUCGCGGUUCCCAUCAUAGAGGUUUAAUAUUUGAAAGUCAUUUGAAGCACCGAAUGGGAACUGUCGAAUUAAACGAUCAAGUGGAAGUACUAAAGUGGUUAGCCGAAACAACUGGUUUCAUUGACCUAAGUCGCGUAGCCCUACAUGGAUGGUCUUAUGGAGGAUACUUAAGCCUUAUGGGUUUAAUACAGUACCCUGAAGUGUUCAAGUUAGCCAUUGCUGGUGCUCCUGUUACUUAUUGGAAAUAUUAUGACACCGGAUACACCGAACGUUACAUGGAUUUGCCUCAAAAUAACCCUCAGGGUUAUAUGACCGGUUCGAUCUUAACGUAUGUGAAUAAAUUCCCCGACGAAGAGAACCGAUUACUGAUCAUUCAUGGACUUAUAGAUGAAAACGUACACUUCUUCCAUACAAGUCAACUGAUCAAUGCUCUCGUAAAAUGCGGAAAACCAUAUCAACUGCAAGUUUACCCCACUGAAAGGCAUAGUCUUAGAAGUUUAAACGCUAGCAAACACUACGAGACCACACUAUUAUCUUUCUUACAAAAUCAUUUGUGAAUUCGUUGCUUUCAAUCAAGUAUAAAACGGUAACGUUCUUUAAAUCCGGAUUUUAACAGAAUGAACUAUACAACGGAAAGUUCUGACCAUAAACCAAGAGAUUGUUAACCGUUAUUGGGAUUAGAUACAAGUCUGAACGUGGUACACUGCCGUCGCGAAACUUAGCAUACGCAAUUUGCAGCCUUUUUAACGAGCUACAUUAAAGCUUUACAACGGUAAGAUUUAUUGUUACUUUUUUA